AUGGAGCCCAACGUCUUUGUCAUCUUCAGCCAUGGACUGCAGGGCUGCCUGGAAGCCCAGGGAGGGCAGGUCCGGGUCUCCCCUGCCUGCAACACCAGCCUUCCUGCCCAGCGCUGGAAGUGGGUCUCCCGAAACCGGCUCUUCAACCUGGGCACCAUGCAGUGCCUGGGCACAGGCUGGCCGGGCACCAACACCACCACCUCCCUGGGCAUGUACGAGUGUGACCGUGAGGCACUGAAUCUUCGCUGGAACUGUCGUACCCUGGGCGACCAGCUGUCCCUGCUCCUGGGGGGCCGUUCCGGCAACGCAUCCAAGGCUGGCACCCCCGAGCGCGGUGACCAGACCCGCAGUGGCCAAUGGCGCCUCUAUGGCAGCGACGAGGACCUGUGUGCGCGGCCCUACUAUGAGGUCUACACCAUCCAGGGCAACUCCCACGGGAAGCCGUGCACCAUCCCCUUCAAGUAUGACAACCAGUGGUUCCACGGCUGCACCAGCACGGGCCGCGAGGAUGGGCACCUGUGGUGCGCCACCACCCAGGACUACGGCAAGGACGAGCGCUGGGGCUUCUGCCCCAUCAAGGGUAACGACUGCGAGACCUUCUGGGACAAGGACCAGCUGACGGACAGCUGCUAUCAGUUCAACUUCCAGUCCACGCUGUCCUGGAGGGAAGCCUGGGCCAGCUGCGAGCAGCAGGGGGCGGACCUGCUGAGCAUCACGGAGAUCCACGAGCAGACCUACAUCAAUGGGCUCCUCACUGGCUACAGCUCCACGCUGUGGAUCGGCCUUAACGACCUGGACACCAGUGGAGGCUGGCAGUGGUCAGACAACUCGCCUCUCAAGUACCUCAACUGGGAGAGUGAUCAGCCGGACAACCCGAGCGAGGAGAACUGCGGGGUGAUCCGCACAGAGUCGUCGGGCGGCUGGCAGAACCGCGACUGCAGCAUCGCGCUGCCCUACGUCUGCAAAAAGAAGCCCAAUGCCACGGCCGCCGAGCCCCCACCUCCCGAUGUGUGGGCCAACGUGAAGGUGGAGUGUGAGCCUAGCUGGCAGGCCUUCCAGGGCCACUGCUACCGCCUGCAGGCUGAGAAGCGCAGCUGGCAGGAGUCCAAGAAGAUGUGUCUGCGGGGCGGGGGCGACUUACUCAGCAUCCACAGCAUGGCAGAGCUGGAGUUCAUCACCAAGCAGAUCAAACAGGAGGUGGAGGAGCUGUGGAUUGGUCUCAAUGACCUGAAACUUCAGAUGAAUUUUGAGUGGUCCGACGGGAGCCUCGUGAGCUUCACCCACUGGCACCCCUUUGAGCCCAACAACUUCCGGGACAGCCUGGAGGACUGUGUCACCAUCUGGGGGCCGGAAGGUCGCUGGAACGAUAGCCCCUGUAACCAGUCCCUGCCGUCCAUUUGCAAGAAGGCGGGCCAGCUGAGCCAGGGGGCCGCCGAGGAGGACCACGGCUGCCGGAAG